CGCUACCGCCACAGGCUCUCGCUACUUACCGGAGAGGGAGGAACGUUGGACACCCGCGGUGACUUUCCUCGACCUAGAUAAACUCCUAAAUUACCUACCUAGCUGAUGGAGUCCAGGCUGAUAUACAUCCAACUGCUUGCAGAACAACUAUCUGGAUAUCUCAUGGACAUCUCAAAUUGAAGCCAUGACUAAAAGAGAAGCAGAAGAGCUGAUAGAAAUUGAAAUUGAUGGAACAGAGAAACAAGAAUGCACAGAAGAAAGCAUUGUAGAGCAGACCUACACUCCUGCAGAAUGUGUGAGUCAGGCCAUAGACAUCAAUGAACCAAUAGGGAAUCUUAAGAAACUACUGGAACCAAGACUUCAGUGUUCAUUGGAUGCACAUGAAAUUUGCCUGCAAGAUAUUCAGCUGGAUCCAGACCGAAGUUUAUUUGACCAAGGAGUCAAGACUGAUGGAACUGUUCAACUUAGUGUACAAGUUAUCUCCUAUCAAGGGAUAGAGCCCAAGUUAAAUAUCCUUGAAAUUGUUAAACCUGCUGAAACCGUUGAAGUUGUUAUUGACCCAGAUGCCCACCAUGCUGAAGCUGAAGCACAUCUUGUGGAGGAAGCUCAAGUGAUAACCCUCGAUGGCACUAAGCACAUCGCAACAAUUUCAGAUGAAACCUCAGAACAAGUGACAAGAUGGGCCGCUGCACUUGAAGGUUAUAGGAAAGAACAAGAACGUCUUGGAAUACCCUAUGAUCCCAUACAGUGGUCAACAGACCAAGUCCUCCAUUGGGUGGUUUGGGUAAUGAAGGAAUUCAGUAUGACUGAUAUAGACCUACCUACACUAAGCAUUUCAGGAAGAGAAUUAUGUAGUCUCAACCAAGAAGAUUUUUUCCAGAGGGUCCCACGAGGAGAAAUUCUGUGGAGUCAUCUGGAGCUCCUUCGAAAAUAUGUAUUGGCUAGCCAAGAGCAACACAUGGGUGAAAUAGCAACAGUUACUAUUGAUCAACCUGUUCAGAUUAUACCAGCAUCAGUACAGCCCACCACACCAACCACCAUUAAAGUUAUAAACAGUAGCACAAAGACUGCUAAAGUACAGAGAGCCCCACGAAUUUCUGGAGAGGAUAGAAGUUCACCUGGAAACAGAACUGGAAAUAAUGGACAGAUUCAACUAUGGCAGUUUUUAUUGGAACUUCUUACUGACAAAGAUGCUCGAGACUGCAUUUCCUGGGUUGGAGAUGAAGGAGAGUUUAAGCUAAAUCAGCCUGAACUGGUGGCACAAAAAUGGGGACAGCGUAAAAAUAAGCCUACUAUGAACUAUGAGAAGCUUAGUCGGGCUUUAAGGUAUUACUAUGAUGGAGACAUGAUCUGUAAAGUACAAGGCAAAAGGUUUGUGUACAAGUUUGUUUGUGAUUUGAAGACUCUUAUUGGAUACAGUGCAGCAGAGUUGAACCGUUUGGUUACUGAGUGUGAACAAAAGAAACUUGCAAAAAUGCAGCUCCAUGGUAUUGCACAACCAGUCACAGCAGUUACAUUAGCUACUGCUUCUCUGCAAACAGAAAAAGAUAAUUGAGCCCAGGACCUUAUAGAAGCAUGAGGCCUUUUUGAAUAGUUAAAAAAAGCAUUGCUCUUUGUUACAGAAUCUGAAGCUUCUUUUAUUCGUAGACAGUACAAUCUGAUGCAUGAUUUUUUUACAGAGAUUUCAGACUAUUGUGAAUUUGGAUCUUUUUACUUUGAGCAUAUAUUUCAGUGUAUGCAUAUGUAUGUGUUAAGGGAUUAACACUAUGUCUUCAGUGUGAAGGCUGUCCCGUUGUGGUUGGUAGUUGGAUAUCUUUCAGGAAAGCCGGAUCUGGUCAGUAUUAAUUAAAAAAAAAAUUCAUAGUAGCAUCUAAAGAAGAAAAGUAAAUGAAGCAUCUACAGCAAACAGUCUAGGUUAUUCUUUAAUAAUUUUGGAAAAUGUGACUGUUUCCCCUCUCUGCUGUCGUAGAUGUUACUUUAAUUAAAACUACAGAAUGGGAUUUCCACCACUAGUGCAUGUAUGCCUGUUAGUUUCAUCUAAUCAAACAACUGAAAUAAGAGAUGUUAUAAAGAAGUCGAAUAAAUUACUAAACUUGCUAUAUCAAGUCAUUAUGGCAAUUUUUGUAUUUGCAAGGAAAGUACAGUAAGAAAGUGACUAGCAGAAGAUCAAUGCUGAAGAAAGAGAUCCAGGUUUAAAUCUGGCUUAAGUCAAGCCAAUUAUAUGGAUUCAUUGUAUUAUGUAUAGAAUAAAAUACAUACAUGAGACCAAGAAUUUAAAUUAUUUUGAGAGAUGUAAAUUCUAAUAGACCAGCUAUUAACAGAAAUCUUAAUGAUCUGUUUUUCCUGUCAGAAGUUUAAAAGCCUGAAAAGGUAUACCUCAACCAGAAAAUAGUUUUGUGUUUUAUUACCCUACGGUGCUGGUUAUAUUACGCAGGGCAGCUUAUAUAUUCAUUAUGUUUUUUUACCUGGAUGAAAUGAAGACUUCAAAUCAGUCAGUAGUUCCUUACCAUACAGGAAAAUAAUAUUUUACUUGCACAUAUACUUAUGAAAAGCUGGGAAUUUGGCUUCCAGACUUUUGGACAGUCUAAUAUUUUUUAAAAUGGAAAUAGGCUUUCAUUUAUGCUUCCUUUUCAAUAUCUUAAAAUAUUCUCAUACCCUUUCCUCCAUGUAAAUAACCAUUUUCCUACCAUAAAUUAACUCUGGACAGAAAUAUCUCAUUAUUCUUUAAGAACGUUCCUUGAAUUCAGAACUGAGAAACUGGUAAAUAUCUCUUCAGCUGUCCAUGAUAGUGAGUUGGCAUCUCAGACAUGACCCUUGAUGCCCUACAUCAUUCUCAAACCUACUCCUAUCCCUUUCCAAGGCAGUAACUUAGUAAUGAAAGAUCUGUAAAUGUUAUUGACUGUUAAUUGGGUAGAAGAGAUCAAGAUUCAUAGGGAAGGUCAUUUUCUUAACAGCUGAUCCUGGAAACAGGGAAGAAGUAUCUUAAAUAUUUUACACCCUCUAUCUUCUUCCCUAAUAGUUUCCACUACAGGUUAAGAAAUGCCUUACUCUAAUAAUCUAGCUUUUUUAAAAAAAUUAAUAUCUUAAUAUCUUUUUUAAUGCCUACAAUACUUUAUGUAGUUGAAGUCUAAGAACAGUAAAACUCUUUAAUUUCUAUUUUAUGUGUUAGUUUGUUAAUGCAAGUGGUAUACCAACAUUUGUCAUUUAAGUUAUAUAGUUACAAGGCUUUUCUCUCAAAGAUAAAAGGAGUAGUAUGCAUUUAUAAGUAACAGCAUAGCUUCAAUUAACCACUAAAAGUUCAAAGACAGUAAUACUCCCCCUUUUGUCACAGAAAAAAAUACAUUACUUAUGAUUUUUUAAUUGCUAAAGAAUUGUCUGGGGAAAGGGAGAAACUUCUCUAUCGGAUCCCAUCUCUGACUAAAAUACAUGUGUUUGUUGGCUUGGGGAGAAGGGUUGAAUCCACUUUAUUUUUGUCCAUCUAGGAACCACAGUGAUCCAGUCUUUUUUUUUUUUUUCCCAGUGUUCCCCAGAAGCAUAUUUUCCCCAUAGAAUUUCAUCUGUUUCUCUCCAUUGUUAGCCACCUUAUUUGCCUUAUCCACCAAUGAUAUCAGAAAUAUCAGCCAAGAAAAUUUCAGGCUAAUGUGGGCUGCUACAGCUUUGUCCUAAAGUACAUAUUUUUGAAGCUAAUGAAUAUUCAGUUAAAGGCUUAUUAGGCAGUUUUGUUUUCAAAUGUCCCUCCAUAUGUAGCAGUUUACAUCUGUAGCUAACUUGCCUGUAACUGUUUCAAAGAUCUGGAAAAUCAUGUGUUACAUGUUAAAUUAGAGGUGGGUUAUCCUAAAGAGAGUUGUUUCCUGUAGUUUAAACUCCACACUGAAAUUCAGUUUCUUACCAAACCAAGUAUAUCAUCAGUAAAUUAGAAGUAAUUCAGAUUAACACUUGCAUUUAUUGACUACACAAUUAUCUGAAACCCCUCUAUUAUUGAACAAGUAUAAUUUUCUUUGAAAGUUUGUUUCAUUUAUUUUUGGUAAGGUCUGCUGUUUUUCUACAUUUGUGAUUUAUGCACUCCUUCCCUUUAAAAAGGGCUAGUGCAACUUUCAAAUAGCACAAAACUGUUUUCAAAUUUGUCAUACUUGCAAAUCUUUGAUUAGCUAGGUCAUCAGACCUGGAGGGUAUACAGAUAUUAAGACAUCAGUGAUACUGUUCUGUUGCUACCAGGAAAAAAAAAUUACCCAUCUUUUGUAAAGGGAAGCAGGAUUUUUUGAAUAUGUUUUUACUCUUUAAAUAAAGACACUUAUACUGUCA